UAACAAGACUGCACUUGGGUCAUUUUUAUUUAAUUAAUAAUUUUUUCCGCUUUCUUAAUCACGCCAUUCCUCGCAAAUUCGUUUUCAUAUUGUUCGCCGUAAGUGUAUCGUGCUCAUAGACUAAUAGUAAUAUGUGUGUAUACAAAUGAUACAGAUACGUACGCUUCGUGUAUGGUUAUAGUUUAAUUUAUCUAUUUGUGUUAUGCUGUGGUGACAUUUUUAUUAUAUCGAUGAAAAACACUGCGGAUUUUUUUCGAAAAUUUUACCUACGCGUUUAAAUUAAUUUAUCGAUAUGAAAAAGAAACAAUAUUUGUGCUUUAUCCUAUGGACUAACGUGAUUUUCGUGCCACUACCUAUUUAUGCAGAACACAUACACUCCAGAUAUCGUAGAAGAAUCAAUCAACACGAGUAUGAAAAUAACCAUAUUCAAGACGUGCCCGAAUCAUCGUCCGCCAGCUACAGCUCGUUUAUCAUAAACGCCGACGACGCUUACACACCUUCUCCGACACCUCAACCCAGAGAAUCGAUGACUACGUACAUGACGUACAACGAACGACAGUCUCCUUCGGCAAGCUACGUAGAAAAAACCGUAUCGUCGAAUUACAAACACCAAUUGCCGACUGGGGCGAAUUUAGAGAGGGCAUUUUCCGAUACCGAAUCUCGAUACAAAGGAGACAGAUACACUGCGAAUGAGAAAGACCACAAUUACAUCCUAACAGCAUCUGGUAAGGAAAACAUAUACCAAGAAGAUGGCCGUGAUAACGGAAACGAGCCACGCGAGUUCCAAGUCUCGUAUCCGGGUAAAUUCGAAUCCGAGAGGAUUGCCGAACAAAAGCCAACAUUUGCAACAUCCAAACGAGUAAGCAAUUACGAAAAGUCUUACAAUAAAUAUCGAUUCUCGUAUUCGAACAACGGCGCUGGUGAGGAUGACAAACAUGUGAAACAGGAAGCUCGACCUUUCAAACAUGAGGCAUCAGGUCAACGUACGUCAAAAGAUGCUCUAAAAGCUAGAAGUUAUAAUUCCGAAAUACAGAAUUACCCUCCGCAAUACCAACAGAAUCUUAAGUUUGCCGAAGAUUAUGGACAAAAGACACCCGUUGCUUGGAAACAACUAGGGCCAAAUGUGGAAAUCUCUUCGUCAGCUGAUACUCCAACAACUUACAUAAGACAAUCUCCUUCUCCUUCGCCGAAUGGUAAAGAUCAACGCCCUCGAAAGAUGUACAAGAAGCGUAAAAAUAACGCUAAUGUGAAGAAUACCAGAAACGCUUACUUGGCACCUCAACCUCAACCCCAACCUCAGCACGCUUUGUACGUGGCGAAUAAUUUACCAAAUAUCAAACAAUUCAAAACCAUUUUUGAUCAUAACGGAGUAUUGAAACAAAGCGAUAAAUUCGAAGCAGGCGAUGCGAUGACUAACGAAGCUGAAAAAGAAAACAUCGCUCUCGUUAGUAAAAAAGAACACAAAGUUAGGAUCAAACAAGAGUCGCCGAAAGAGCAACAACCUUAUAAUUACGAGACACCGAAUGUUCAAAGUUAUCAAUUUUAUAAUCCCCCUGUUGGUCCGGUAGCUGCUGCCCCAUUCUACAAUAUUCCGACACCUUUCCAAAGUAAUAAAUUACCAUUUCCAGGAGUCGGGUUAUCUAAAGGGUUUAUACGUAUGAUAGACGUCGAAACGAACUCGAACGGUGAUAAGAAAACCAUCCCUGCUUUGAUCAUCCCUCUAAGUCAAGAGCAACUCAGCAGUCCGCUCUUUAAUCCAGACUCUGCCGCCUCAGCUUACAUGAAUACUCUGGAAAUAGCCAAUCCUAAACCUAAAUCUAUUCCUUUCCCUUACGAACUGGUCAACGCCAAGUACAUUCAGAAUGAUCAAAACCUCGGAGCAGCGUUCGAUAACUAUCAACAGUUCCAAAACUAUUACCCUUAUCAGUUGAGAAAUAAUCAAAACGUAGACGAGAAUAAUUAUAAUCCAUUGUUUUACAAUACAGCCGCGUACCAAGGUUUAUUACCCAAGUACGCGUAUAAUUUAAAUAUACCCGCUUCUACACCCCCUACUAAUGAGUUAAAGACUGCCCCUAAUGUUGGAGCUUACCCAACUCAACCAGCUUACUAUCCUAAUGAAGAUCAAAGAUCUAAUUUACCAUAUUCUAUAGUCAUACCGAAUAAAAAAGCCAACGUGCAAACGCCAUCUGAAAACGCCAGAACUGACGAUUUCAAACCCAGUGAAUAUUACGAAGAUCCUAAUGACGAAUCUCAAUAUCUCGCCCCAUCUGAAACUAAUUUUGUCCCAGCUGUGGUCGAUCCGAGUGAAAAUCAUACCCGUAAUAGUUCCAAAUCAUUUGACCAGUCUGAUUUAAGGAGUUAAUUUUGUACCUAUAACUAUUUUAUUUAUUUAUAACACGUUCGUACCUACCUAAUGGCUAAGUGGAUACAUUUAUCGAACUUGUUACUUGCAUAUUUGUAAUUUUUUGUUAUUAAAUUUUUCAUUUCUGUUGUUUUCUGAA